AUGGUCAGCCCCCAAACCGUCCAAGCCCACAAUGCAACCCUCAGAUCCCUCGGCCCAGGUCUCGUCGCGGUAUUUGUCGGCGGCACCUCUGGCAUCUCUCUCUCGACAGCCCUCGCCCUCGCCCGCCACACUGUCUCCCCCAAAAUCUAUCUCAUCGGCCGCAGCCAAUCCGCCGCAGACAGCGCCAUCGCCUCCCUGAAAUCCAUCAAUCCCUCUUCCCAGCCCACUUUUCUGCAGACUGAUAUAUCCCUCCUCAAAAACAUCGACAUUGUGUGCGCCGAUAUCGCAGCAAGGGAAAGAAGGCUCAAUCUGCUCUUCAUGACGCCGGGUUAUUUAACGCUGAAAGGCAGAGAGGAAACGGGUGAUGGGUUGGAUAGGAAAUUCGUGCUGCAUUGUUACGCGCGCAUGCGGUUUAUCGCUAACUUGCUUCCCCUAUUGAACACAGCUGCGCAGGACAAUGCCGGCACCAGACUCUCUCGUGUUGUCUCUGUGCUGGACCCCGUCGUGUCAGUCCGCGCCGGUGGCUCUGGCACCCUCGACUUCUCAGACCUUAGCCUAAAGCACUCCUUCACCCUUGCGAGAUGCGGCGCGCACGCGAGCCUAAUGGGAAAUUUUUUCCUCGAAGGCAUGGCGCAGCAACAACUACACACCUCCUUCCUGCACACGUACCCCUCCGGCGUGGCCUCGGGCGUACUGCGCGAACUCCCCGCUGGACGUAUAUUGUCGACUGUACUGAAGCCGUUUCUGAGCCCAUUCAUGGUGCCGAUUGAAGAGAGCGGAGAGAGACAUUUGUUUGCGGCGACGAGUGCAAAGUUUCCCCCAAAAGCUGAGGGGGAGGCAAUGCGAGGGGAUGUCGCGGUGGGCAGUGAUGGAGUGAAGGGGAGUGGUUGUUACUGGGUAAACUGGGAUGGAGAGGUAUUUCCUGCGAACAGGAAGCUGGAUAAGACGAGGGAAGAAGGCGCGGUGGACAAGGUGGCGAGGCAUACGGAGGAGGUGUUUAGGAGGGUGUGUGAAGAGGGCAAGACAUAUCCGUGAGUGUUAAGAGUUGAAUCAUCAAAUGUGG